GCAAUGAACACAAUUAUCAAACGGUUAUCAAAUGAGACACUUGUGAAUAGUGGUAGUCGUGAGGAUCAUCUCUAUGUGUUUAUCGAGUGAAUCCUAUUCUCUCAAAACAAGUCUUAUAUAUAGCUUUUUAUAAGCUGGGAGUUACCGAUAAAUGGGGGCAAACUUGAAGAGAGCACCGAUUUUGUUGUAAUUGACUGACAAAUUAGACAACAUCUGUUAUCAGUGGCCAUGAAUUUAAGUGAUCACUGGAACCGUUACAGCGGUAAUCAAUUAUACCGUCGUUCAUAUCGUACGGCACCGACCAAACUGGUUCCGGCCAUCAUCUCGUGCCACACAUCCAUGUUCUUCAUAUUUUUCGGUAUAUUUCUAUUGAUAGCCGGCUGUAUGUUUCGGGCAUUUGUCAGCGAUGUCCACGAAAGAGAUCAAGUUUUUGCUGAAAGACACGGACACACCAGCGAUGGCUUUCUCAAAGGUCCACAAACUAUAAGUAACGUUUUACUAAUAACUGGUACCAUAUUAUUGGUCAUCUCAUUGAUUGGUUUCAUUCUUGUGUUCAUAUUUUACCGAAAUUACGAACGAGAGAGACGGUCAGCACUGACGGGUGACGGCAUUCCCCAUACGAUUGCCAAUCCUCAGGUAACGGGUCCGAUGUGUGCUACAGAUUAUCCGACACAAGCCGGUUAUCACUACCAACCGGGUUAUCAAGCGGUGGCACAAAAUCUAGUCUAUAAUACGACUACCGAACCGACAGUCUAGAGGCUUAAUAUAUGGUUCAUAGAUAACUGAGCGCACAUUUAUCGUUUAUGCCAUCGAAGUGCCAUUGAUUGCUAUUUAUCUAAUCAAAUGAGAUAUAAGUUUAAUUCAUUGUUAUUUUUUACCAUUGAAUCUCAUUAAUAGUACACUUGAUCUGUUAAAUACAGUACAAUAUAUUGCUUUAA